GAAGUGGGAGGAGACAGGAGGCAGAGCCAGACUUCCCAGUAGCCACUCCUCUGUCUUUAAACCUCCAGCUAACGGUGAAUCUCAGGAAUCUCCAACCCCCAAAAUCGAGCUGGUUUAUGGGGGAGCGUCGUCCGGGAGCCUGGCCCCGUCUGGACGUCCACGCCGCAGUCACGCUCAGCUCAGCUGGAGUCGAGGCCUGAACCAUGGACCCUCCCGUUACAUGUCUCCAUGACGACCCUGACAUUAAACUGAUGAUGGCCGGGUCGACUCUGCGGAAGGUGAAGUCACGCUCGUGGAAGAAGCAGAGACACUUCCGCCUCCUAGAGGACGGGCUGACCAUCUGGUACAAGUCCAGGUGGGCGGGACGGGGCCACUCCACAUUCUCAGUUUCAGAUCUGGAGACGGUCCGUGAGGGUCACCAGUCGGAGCUGCUCCUCAGUCUCUCUGCAGAAUUCCCACCGGAGCAGUGCUUCACUCUGGUUUUCCAUGGGAGGCAGGGCACUCUGGACCUCGUGGCCGAGACUCCGAACGAGGCCAAGUCCUGGAUCCAAGGAAUCCAGAAACUCAUCCACAAAUCCCAGAACAUGGACGAGAAGGAGCGACUUGACCAGUGGGUGCGUGACUGGUUCACUAAAGCCGAUAAAAACCGUGACGGACAGAUGACGUUUAAAGAAGCAAAGACUCUCCUCAAAAUGAUGAACGUGGAAAUGAACGAGGAGCACGCGCUGCACCUCUUCACCAUGUCGGAUAAGCUGGAUCGCGGCUGCCUGGACAUGGAGGAGUUUGUCCUGUUCUAUAAGCUCCUGACUCAGAGGGACGAGGUCUGGAAGGUCUUUCAGGAUUUCUCUGCUGACGGAGAGCGCCUCCUGCUGGACGAGCUGCAGAACUUCCUCCGGGUGGAGCAGCAGGAGACGGAGGAGCGAGCCAAAGAUAUGAUUCUGCUGUACGAGCCCUCGGACACAGCGCGUGAGCAGAUGUGCAUGUCUCUGGACGGGUUCCAGCUCUACCUGUGUUCCCCUCAUGGAUCUAUACUCAACCCGGGUCACGUGGAGCUGCAGCAGGACAUGAGCCUCCCCCUCAGCCAUUACUUCAUCUCCUCAUCCCACAACACCUACCUGAUGGAGGACCAGCUCCGGGGCCAGAGCAGCACCGAGGCCUACAUACAAGCUCUGAAGCGCGGCUGUCGCUGCGUGGAGCUGGACUGCUGGGACGGGCCGGACGGGGAGCCUGUGGUUUAUCACGGACACACCCUCACCUCCAAAAUCCUGUUCAAAGACGUCAUCUCCACACUCAGCGAGUACGCUUUCAAGGUGUCCGAGUUCCCGGUGAUCCUGUCCCUGGAGAACCACUGUGGGGUGGAGCAGCAGAGCGUCAUGGCCCGACACCUGAAGUCCAUCCUGGGGGAGGCGCUGCAGAGCUCCCUGGUCACCACGGAAGAACCGGAGGUGCUGCCGUCUCCACAGGAUCUGAAAGGUAAAAUUCUCCUGAAGGCAAAGAAACUGAGCGGUUUGGAGCAGAAAUCAGACGAAACCCUGACAGAUGAAGUGAGCGAAGAAGAAGAGAAUGGAGAGAUGGAGAGAGAGUCAGUGGAAGACCUGACGAAAGAAGAGAGCGCGAAUAAAAAGAAGUCUAAACUGUCCCGGGAGCUGUCGGACCUGGUGGUUUACUGUCGGAGCGUUCACUUUCACGGAUUUGAACACGCCAAAGUCCACGGGAAGUGCUACGAGAUCUCCUCCUUCUCCGAGUCUAAGGCCAAGAAACUCUCCAAGGAAUCAGGUUCAGAGAUGGUUCGUUUUAACGUGAAGCAGCUGACCCGGGUUUACCCCAGUGGACUCCGCACGGACUCGUCCAACUACAACCCCCAGGACAUGUGGAGCAGCGGCUGCCAGAUCGUGGCGUUAAACUUCCAGACAGCUGGUUUGGAGAUGGACCUAAACGACGCCGUGUUUCGUCAGAACCGUGGCUGUGGUUUUGUGCUGAAGCCCGAGUUUAUGAGAAAGUCCGACUCCGAGUUCAGUCCGGACCGACCGGAGUCCAGACCGGGACACAGGCCCCUCCGGCUCUCCGUACAGGUCAUCAGCGGGCAGCAGUUUCCAAAGGUGAACCAGAAGGAGGGCUCCAUCGUGGAUCCUUUGGUCCGAGUCGAAAUCUACGGCGUCCCCAAAGACCAGAGCCGCGAGGAGACGAGAUACAUCCACAACAACGGUUUUAACCCCGUGUGGAACGAGAGCCUGAACUUCGUGGUUCACUGCCCGGAGCUGGCGCUGGUCCGGUUUGUGGUGGAGGAUUACGACAAAGCCUCGAGAAACGACUUCAUCGGACAAUUCACUCUGCCGUUCACGAGUUUACAACCAGGUUAUCGUCACGUGCACCUCCUCUCCAGAGACGGCACCGCCAUCCCCCCGGCGUCUGUCUUUGUAAACGUUUCUGUCUCGGAGCACACAUGAACGAGACGAGCGGCGACUGGAAACUCGAGUAGUUUGAAUUAUAUUUAAGACUGGAAAACCGAGUGAAUUUACAUUUACAGUUUCUUCUCUAUAUCACGACCUUUUGUUUUUCAGUUUAAUCUGUUUACGCCGUUAGCACAGAGAGCGUAAUCCCAGCGUCUUGUGUAACAUCAGAUAUUUAUAUUAUUUAUCCUUUAAAUGUUUACAAAAAAUACAACUCAUUUUUUCACAUUAAGCUUCAAAAUAACAAAGAGUGAAAUGAUGUAAACUCAACGAGAAACGACAAACUUUUUACAAAAGAGAGACUAGAAUGGACCAGGACCAGGACCAAACCAGGACUAAACCAGGUCUAAACCAGGUCUAAACCAGGACUAAACCAGGUCUAAACCAGGACUAAACCAGGACUAAACCAGAACUAAACCAGGACUAAACAAGGUCUAAACCAGGACCAAACCAGGACUAAACCAGGUCUAAACCAGGACUAAACCAGGACCAAACCAGGACUAAACCAGGACCAAACCAGGACUAAACCAGGACUAAACCAGGACCAAACCAGGACCAAACCAGGACUAAACCAGGACUAAACCAGGUCUAAACCAGGACUAAACCAGGUCUAAACCAGGACUAAACCAGGACUAAACCAGAACUAAACCAGGACUAAACAAGGUCUAAACCAGGACCAAACCAGGACUAAACCAGGUCUAAACCAGGACUAAACCAGGACCAAACCAGGACUAAACCAGGACUAAACCAGGACCAAACCAGGACCAAACCAGGACUAAACCAGGACUAAACCAGGACUAAACCAGGUCUAAACCAGGACUAAACCAGGACUAAACCAGGACUAAACCAGAUCUAAACCAGAACUAAACCAGAUCUAAACCAGGUCUAAACCAGGUCUAAACCAGGACUAAAUCAGGACUAAACCAGAUCUAAACCAGGUCUAAACUAGGACUAAACCAGGACUAAACCAGAUCUAAACCAGAACUAAACCAGAUCUAAACCAGGUCUAAACCAGGACUAAACCAGGUCUAAACCAGGACUAAACCAGAUCUAAACCAGGUCUAAACCAGGUCUAAACCAGGACUAAAUCAGGACUAAACCAGAUCUAAACCAGGUCUAAACCAGGUCUAAACUAGGACUAAACCAGGACUAAACCAGAUCUAAACCAGGACUAAACCAGGUCUAAACCAGGACUAAACCAGGACUAAACCAGGACUAAACCAGGUCUAAACCAGGUCUAAACCAGGUCUAAACCAGGACUAAACCAGAUCUAACCCAGGACUAAACCAGGUCUAAACCAGGACUAAAUCAGGACUAAACCAGAUCUAAACCAGGUCUAAACCAGGUCUAAACCAGGACUAAACCAGGACUAAACCAGAUCUAAACCAGAACUAAACCAGAUCUAAACCAGGUCUAAACCAGGACUAAACCAGAUCUAAACCAGGUCUAAACCAGGUCUAAACCAGGACUAAAUCAGGACUAAACCAGAUCUAAACCAGGUCUAAACCAGGUCUAAACUAGGACUAAACCAGGACUAAACCAGAUCUAAACCAGAACUAAACCAGAUCUAAACCAGGUCUAAACCAGGACUAAACCAGGUCUAAACCAGGACUAAACCAGGACUAAACCAGGACUAAACCAGGUCUAAACCAGGUCUAAACCAGGUCUAAACCAGGACUAAAUCAGGUCUAACCCAGAUCUGAACCAGGACUUAAACCAGGUCUAACCUUGACCUUACCAGAAUAUACAAGACCGGGAACUACUUAACCCUAAACUGUGUCUAAACCAAGACUAAAACAGAACUAAACCAGGUCUAAAUCAGGACUGAACCAGGUCUAAUCCAAGUCUACACCAGGACUAACCCAAAACUGGACCAGGUCUAAACCAGGACUGUUUUUGUCUUAUUCCGUUGAGCCCUCGAAACAUCCCCGACCAACUUUUCUUGUCUUAAUUCCUAUUUUUUCAAUGUUCAAAUGUCAUGUUAAAGUUGCACUACAUAACUUUUCUGGCACGUAUGCAUGUCAUUUUGUGUGUGGGCGCGCCUCUCCACAGAUCUGACCUGUAACUUGGCUUGCUGAUGUCACAUGCUACACAGUGCAUGGAAUUUAGCCAAAGAGACAAAAAAAUCUAUGCUGUAUUUCAAUAUAUUAAACGUACACAUUGUUACGAUCGGCUCUGUGCACAGUGGCGCCCGGCGACCUCACUGUUAGCGUCGCUACUUCCUGUCCGGCUUUAUCUUUAGGAGGUUUUUGCAGAGUUAUGCUAAAAUUACUACAUAUUUAAAGAUCAGGCAGUGGAGCGUGUGUUCUGAAAGCUAAAACCUACACAAAUAAAAUGAAACGCUCUUCUGUGUUUAGAAAGAGACGCGUUUGUGGCUCAAUGCUAACGCUAAUGCUAAUUUUGAGGCAUAAUAAACAUUAAAACAACACCACAAACUGUAACUGUAAAGAAUUGGGUCAUUUUUAUUUUAAGUAAGCUGAGUUUUAAUAGAUUGUUUUUUGUUUUUUUUUAAGUGACUGUUAGCUCUGAGACACCGUGAGCUAGCUAGCAUGCUACCGUGCACAAAGCCUGUUCUACAAAAAGUGGAUUUAAACCUUAUGCCGCGAAUGCCUUGCCU